UACACCGUACACUGCUUUUAUUGCCUGAAGUUUGUUCAUCAUACAAAGGACCAUCCUGCGUUUAAAUUGAGAAACUUUUUAUCUUCCAACAGGCAAAAGAGUCAAAGCAGACUGUACAGAAUUUGAAAAUACGUCCUGUUCAUCCUGCACAGAUGGGACUUUCAUGGACCAUCCAAACGGACUGAAGAGAUGCACUCCAUGUUCUACCUGUGACUCAGGAGCUGGUCUGAAGGUAAAGCGAGGAUGUGAAAUAACUGCUGACACAGUUUGUGAACCAAUGGAGGGAUUCUACUGUACAGACCUUAAAUCAGGAGGCUGUGCUGCAGCACAGAAACACAGGAGCUGUGAACCAGGACAGUUCAUCAGCAGGAUGGGAACAGCCUCCACAGACACAGAAUGCUCUGAAUGCAGCAGUGGAUCAUUUUCUGAUGGAACAAUGUUGUCAUGUCAGCUUCACACACAGUGUGAUAAAGAAACCCUUGAGCUGAUAAAAGCAGGAACAGCUUCAACUGAUGCUGAAUGUGGAGGGAAAAGUUCCAACAACAUAGGAGUUGUGAUCGGUGUUCCGGUGUUUUUUUUAGUUGCAGCAACAAUUGGCGGUGGUGUUGGUUUCUGGAUAUAUCACAAAAAUACAAAACCAA